AUGCAACGAAUAUUUGGUGAAGAAGGGAAGUUUGGUUUCAUGAGCAAUAAAAUAUCUAGAAGAUAUAAAAUUUUUGCAAAUGGCUUAAAACACAAGCUUAAAUUGGAUCUGCAACCCAUUGCAACAUCCAAAGAAAAAGAAAUGUUGAUUAACAUAAGUAAAUGCAAGAACAAAGACAAUAUUGACGAUUUAUUGGAAGAGUUUUAUAAAGACAGAAACAUGGAUUGUAUGUGCAAAUACAUAAGACUGGUGUUUACUAACGCUGCAGAGUUGUGGGCAUCGAAACAACUUUCAUACAUUACCCACAACGAAUCUUGGUUUCGCACCAACGUAUAUUCAUCGGUAUGGGACAUGAUAUUCUUUAGUGACGAUAAGUUCAUAUCAAAACGCGCUGAUUGCUAUUCAAACACGACAAAGCAGUUUGAUAAUAUUGAUAAUCAGCGCGUUGACUUUAUUUUACAUAAUAUUAAUGAUAACAAUGAUUAUAUUUCCGCUGAAGAGAAGCCUGGAAGAGAAGGUGUGAAGUCGGAUCGUCAAGAAGGGAAAAUAUUACAGAUCGCAAUAUUUCAAUUGUGGAAUCACAAGAUAAAGAGUGCGAAGAUUAUGGAGCAAAUGGAAACAAUUACCUGUCAGUGGGAGGGGACUAAAAUUGACAAUCUAUGCAACAAAGUAUAUAUCAAGCAAAUGCUAUAUUACGUACAUAGAAGUAAAUUGAAUGCUAUUCUUGAAGCCAAGUACAGAUAUGAAAUAGAAAUGAUGACAUUUGACUCUCAAGAUGAGAAUGAUUUCCUUUUUCGAUCUGAAAGUACAGAAGAGAUAGAAGCAAGAGAAAAAUACAAGAAUAAUGCAAAAGAAAUGGAUCAAGAUUUAGAAAAGGAGCUUCUUAGUGAAUUAGAUGGUAUAACAUUGGAAGAAGAUAUCAUUACUUCUAGUGAUUGGAAAGACUUUAUCUUGGAAAAAAUGUCAAAGAAAAGAAAAAGAUAAUACUUUGGUGUUCCUGUUACUCCUGUAGAUUUUUUUCUAUCAUAGAUAUUGCUAUGAUUGUAGUUGUCUUUAUAACUAAGUCAAUAGAAAUGAACCAUCAUUUAUUUAAAUAAUAAAGAGGUUAUUCAAAUAAAACUAGUUAUGUAAUAAUAAGAAUUCAAUAGAGCUAUGAUUGUUAUAUGCCGUUACAUAAUCACUU